AUGGCGCACAUGUUGUACUACCACAGUGCAAGCAGCAGCGAGGUGAUCGCCGAUGAGCAGUGGCGGAUGGUCAAGACCAGGGGAAAUCAGUUCGUCGUCGGCGAUCGGCCCUUCUACGUGAACGGCUUCAACGCGUACUGGCUGAUGAUCCUCGCCGUCGACCCGUCCACCAGGGGGAAGGUCACCGAGGUGUUCCAGCAGGCGGCGGCGGUCGGGCUCACGGUGUGCCGCACGUGGGCCUUCAACGACGGUGGCUGGAGGGCGCUUCAGAAGUCGCCAUCUGUCUAUGACGAGGAUGUCUUCAAGGCGUUGGAUUUCGUGGCGAGCGAGGCAAGGAAGUACAGGAUCAGGCUUAUUCUGUCACUGAUCAACAACUGGGACGGCUACGGCGGCAAGGCGCAGUACGUGAAAUGGGCCAGGGACGACGGCGGCCUCAACUUCACCUCCGACGAUGACUUUUUCUCCGACCAAACCGUGAAGGGCUACUUCAAGAACCACGUCAAGAACAUGCUGACGAGGGUGAACACGUACACGAGCGUGAUGUACAAGGACGACCCGACCAUCUUGGCGUGGGAGCUCAUGAAUGAGCCGCGCUGCACGUCGGACCCAACCGGGAACAAGCUGCAGGAGUGGGUCCAAGAGAUGGCGUUCCAUGUGAAGUCCAUCGACCCGGAUCACCUGGUCGAAGUCGGCGCGGAGGGCUUCUACGGCCCCUCGUCGCCGGCACGGCUUCCGGCCAAUCCAAACACCUAUGCCGGCCAGGUCGGCACCGACUUCAUCCGCAACCACCGCGUCCUGGGUGUCGACUUCGCCUCCGUUCAUCUCUACCCAGACACCUGGAUGUCGGGCACGACUCUGGAGGCACAGCUCAAGUUUGUGGCUUCGUGGAUGGAGGCGCACAUCGCCGACGCCGAGGGCACGCUAGGCGGCAUGCCGGUGGUGUUCACGGAGUUCGGGGCGUCCACCAAGGCCCGGACGAGCGGUGGCUUCAACGCGACCACGAGAGACCAGCUCAUCCAGGCGGUGUACGGGCAGCUCCUGGAUUCGACGCGGCGUGGCGGCGCCGGAGCGGGGGCGCUGCUCUGGCAGGUGUUCCCGGAGGGGACCGACUACAUGGACGAUGGCUACGGCGUCGUGCUUCCCAGGGCGGCGGCCACUGCCCGGAUCAUGUCCACGCACUCAAGGAGCUAG